UAUUGCUUUCACAUAAUAACUACGUCUUAGAAUAAAGUUAUAUAAUCGUUUCCCAUAUUUUAGAAAAUAUUUUUUUAUGAAAUCCUAUAGAUAGGAAUACAUUAUGAGAUUCUAUAGAGUCUAGUAUAUGGAACUUAGUCUCAGUCAAGACUGUUGUCGCACAAUGAACUUAUUUGAGAAUCAUUACUAUAGAAUUAACACAUUUUACCAAAAAUGUACUGGAAUUUGGCCUUAUCAGAGAACUGAGAAGAAACGUUUGAUUAAACUUAUGUCAUUUACUCUUUUUAUGUGCAAUCUUAUACCCAUGUUUCUGCAUGUCUAUACGGUUUGGGGAGAUUUGGAUGAAACUUUAGAAAGUUUGCCAACACUUUGCAUCAUACUUGCGGCAAUUUUUAAAUCUUCAAUUUGCAUUUAUAAAGAAAGUGAAUUGAAAGAACUUUUAGAAUGUAUUAAAAAUGAUUGGAAGGUUUGGUCUUCGGGAAAGGAAUUUGAAAUUUUACAGACAUAUGCAGAAAGCGGAAGAUCUCUAUCAUUGUUAUAUACUGGAGACGUGUAUGUACCACUAUCUACAAUUAUUUCAAUGUCGCUCUCACCUAUAAUUUUAGACAUAAUAAUGCCAUUAGAGGAACCUCGACCGAAAUUGAUGAUAUAUCCUGUAGAGUUUUUUAUAAUUGAUCAGGAUAAAUAUUUUAUUUAUAUUUUGGCUCUCACAAUGAUAACGGCUGUAAUUACAAUGACCUAUACUCUAGCUUGUGAGUCAAUGUACGCCGUCAACACACAACAUGCUUGUGGAUUAUUUGCUAUUGUUAGUUAUCGAUAUCAACAUUCAGUAGAAGAGGCCGAGAUUCUUAUGAAAGAUACUGAAGAAAAGUGGGAUGAUGUACUUUAUGAGUAUAUGAAGUUUUCCAUCAAGCGUCAUAUUCACGCAAUUAAAUUUUGCAAUACCUUGGAAUCAUGCUAUUCUCCUCUACUUUUUUCUGGAAUGGCAUUUAAUAUGCUACAGACAAGCAUAACAUUAUUACAAACACUUCUUUCAUUGGGAAAUUUUGAGAAAACCAUUAAAUAUGCUGCAUUUAAUCUCGGAGUGAUCGCUCAUAUGUUUCUCAUUAGUCUACCAGCGCAAAGGUUAAUGGACCAUAGUUCUUCUCUUGGACAAGAUUUAUAUAUAGGAAAAUGGUACGUUAUGCCCCUGAAAGUUAAGAAACUAUGCAAAAUGAUAAUAAUGCAGGCAAGGAUGCCGUGCACGUUAACGGCUUUCAGAUUUUAUUCAGUGAAUUAUAGAACCUUUUUUUCGGUAAGAACAACUCAGACAUUUAUUUAAAAAAG